AUGCCACUUAGAUCCAAUGUAUGGAGAGCUGGAGAAAGCUCCCGUCCACAUGCUAGCCGUGGAAUCAGCCAUGUGCCUGAGCGCUCGGAGAUUGACCGCGGCCUCCAAACUUCUCUGCCUCGAAGGGACCACGUCAUACGACCACCAUCUACAGGAAACCCACCGGCCAUCUUACGGCCCGCCUCGAGGUGUCAAGAGUACCAUGAAGCUGAAUCUGAGCUAUCAGACACUGGGUCCACCCCUGUGAUGGAAGAUCCGCCAUUUUACCCCUCGACUAGAGGACAGACCCAGAUGACACCCAACAGGGUAAGUCUGCGUCCCCGCCUGCUCUCCAGCCGCCGUGAACCAACUUACCACAUUCAGCAAGGGUUUAAUAAUCUGACGCUAAGGCACAUGAGUACUCCUUUCUCCGAGGAUAUCAUGAACGCCCCGAAAGAGCCCAAGGUAAAAACUCCUACCAUUGAAGCCUAUGACGGCACCACCGAUCCAGAUAUGCACCUAGUUGCAUACCUUCAUCAUAUGUAUGUUCAAGGAACCAAUGAAGCCACUUGGUGCAAAUAUUUCCCGGCCACUCUCAAAGGGGUAGCGUCUAAAUGGUUUGAGCGACUGCCCCUAGGGUCAAUUGCCUCUUUCAAUGAGCUGCAAACCCUAUUCUCCACCAGGUUCAUGGCACACAAGGAAGAAAGGAAAACAAGUAUGCACUUGGGCCGAAUUCAACAGGGGAAAGAUGAAUCACUAAGAAGCUAUGUGAAACGUUUCAACCCAGAGGCCGGACAGAUCCCAGAAUUACCCGACGACGUCUCCUUUGAUAACUUUAUUAGGGGAUUGAAGAAAGGAUCCUUCAAGUUUGACUUAGUCAAGAAAAGUGUGCGGACUAUGGCCGAAGUUUUGGACGAGGCCGAAGCAUUUAUCCAUGCAACAGAAAUAUGCAGUGCGUCGAAGGACGGAAGGACAGGAGAAGCAACAGAUUCCUCAGGGAAGAAAGACAAAAUAGACCGAAAAGCCCCACGAGUAAAUGGUUCUUGGGCUCUCUCAAAAGAGCAUGGUACCAACUCUCCUGGACACAAGAGGGAGCGUCCACAAGAAAGGGAAUAUUUCGAGUAUAACACGGAUCUCCUCACGAUACUGAAAGACAUCAGAACCAGGUUUGACCUUGAACGACCCUUUCCCAUGAAGUCUCCUGCUGAGAGUCGAUACCCUAAGUUGUAUUGCCAGUUCCAUGAAGACAUAGGGCAUGAAACCAAGAACUGUAGGAGCUUAAAGAGAGCUUUAGACGGCCUAGCCUCCAAAGUACACCUCAAGAACUACUUACAGAGAAAUGCUCACGGCUCUGGAAAAAACCAGUACAAAAAGAACAAGUCACUUGUCUCACCUACAGAGGGAAACCACAACGAAGGGGGGUUUGUAGCCGUCAUAUCUGGGGGACCAGCCGCCAGGGGACCCACCAUGAGGGGACAGAAAGACUAUGCUCGCCGCCUAGGGCAGGUAAUGCUGUCAGGGAAGUCACCUCUGGACCCAUUCCCACGGAUCGAGAUAUGUGAGUCGGAUGGUGGACGAGUAGCCACUCCGCAUGAUGAUCCUCUUGUGGUCGAGUUCAAAAUCUCCAAUAUGAGAGUGAAGCGCAUCCUGAUAGACACUGGGAGCUCGUCUGACAUAAUGAGUGUGGAAUGCCUCAACCGCCUAGAACAUGACCCCAAAACCAUAGAAAGCACACACUAUCCCAUCAUUGGUUUUGGAGAAAGCAUUAUACACCCCGUAGGCGUCAUCACUUUGCCGGUUCGAAUUGGGGAUAGGAAAGAUGGACGGAAGAUGGAAGUGAACUUCUUAAUUGUCAAGGACUUGAUAGCAUACAAUGUCAUCUUGGGACGACCCACCCUGAACAAAAUUAAAGUAGUAGUCGUCACCCAUCUUAUGCUUUUGAAGUUUGUAUGCGAUGAUGGGGCGAUAGGAACCAUACAUGGAGACCAACAACAAGUAAGAGACUGUUAUCUCACAACCCUCAACCCGUCAGCAUGGAAGAAAGAUUCGGCCGAAGCUAGAAGCAAAAGAAAGCAUGAGGAAGAACUGCCUGCCACCAAUGAGAGUAAACCAGCCAAAACAGAACCAGUCAAGAUAGAAAAAAGUGGCUAA